AUGGCAGAAAGAGCUCCAGUUUCUGCUGAAGAUACCUUAGUUCGUUAUGAUAAUCCAGUAUUAGUAACAAAACAACCCGAGAAAGUGGUAUCCCCAACAACCGGUGCGAUAGCUCAACCAUGUAUUCCUACAGAAGCAAAACGUGAGACUGAAGAAAUACUUAAUGCGAUUUUACCACCUAAAGAAUGGGAAGAAGAUGGACAGAUAUGGACUCAAAAGAUAUCGUCUACUCCUGCAACGAGAUUAGAUGUGAUAAAUCUUCAAGAAAUGCUGGAUACCCGUCUACAGCAAAGGCAAGCGAGAGAAACGGGAAUAUGUCCAGUUCGCAGGCAACUUUAUACUCAGUGUUUUGAUGAACUUAUACGCCAGGUUACUAUUAACUGUGGUGAAAGAGGUCUUCUCUUAUUAAGAGUACGUGAUGAAGCAAGGAUAACAAUGGAAGCCUAUCAAACCUUGUAUUGCAGUUCCAUUGCAUUUGGUAUGAGGAAAGCUUUGCAGUCGGAACAAGGAAAAUCCGAUCUAAUGGAACAAGUUGCGAAGUUGGAAGCAGAACGUUCGUCAUUAGAGAAGCAGUGUGCAGAACUAAAACAGAAGACUGAGCAGUUGGAACGACGUGCGGCAGAACUACGAGCAGCAGAAGAGAAAAGACAUCAAGAAGAAUUACUGGCUCUUAAGAAGACUAACGCUCAGCUCAAGGCACAACUGGAAGGAAUUAUAGCACCGAAGAAAUAA